UUCUGUUCUCGUAAAAUCGACGGGAGUUCUGCCAUAGCAUACCCUCCUCCGCUCCCGCCUCUCCGCUCGCCUAGAUUGCAAGGGGAGGGAAACAACAAAACAAAAGCGGAGUGGAAAUUGAUCACGCAAAGGCCGGCGUCCCACAAACCAGGUGUCUUCGCCAGACGUGUUGGUUAGACGGGGCGAAGACAUCAGAGGCCCCUGCCCAACCACCUCGACGCACCUAAAGUAGGCGAAGGAUCUUGGUUUUGUUUUUGUUUUUAAAGAUAACCGGAGACACCAAACGUCCAGAUUCAAGGGGAAACACGACGAAGAACGUAAAUAAACAACCUCGCCUAUGAAAGCACUCUGCGUCCACAAGGACAACGACCGAAUGUGAAGCGACACCUCUCAAAAUCAAGAACGUCGAGAAGCUAGCCUUUUACUCGAAAAUGCAGGAAGCCGCCGAGAGUGCCAGCACGAGUGGCAGCAGCAGCAGCAGCAGCAGCAGCUCUUUUUCCAGCCACACUGCCCCUGCCAGCAUUAAAGAAGAAGAGUGCAGCCCGGAGAAAGAGCAUCCCCCGGAGGCCGAAUACAUCAAUUCCAGAUGUGUCUUGUUUACUUACUUCCAAGGGGAUAUCAGCACCGUGGUAGAUGAGCACUUCAGCCGGGCCCUCAGCCAGUCCAGCAGCUACUCGCCCAGCAGCACCAGCGCAAAGGCUGCCACUAGGAGCUCCAGCUCUUGGAGGGGAGAUGGAUGUGGACCUAUGAUUAUCUAUCAAGACAGUGGAACACUGGCAUCCAAGAACUAUCCUGGGACCUACCCCAACUACACUAUCUGUGAAAGGAGAAUUCAGGUGCCUCAGGGGAAACAUCUGAUCUUGAAAAUUGGAGACUUGGAUAUUGAAUCCCAGAAAUGUGAAUCUAACUAUCUUAGCAUCUACAGUUCUUUAACAGUGCAUGGACCCUACUGUGGCAAUGUUCCUGUCCCAGAAGAAAUCAUCUUAGAUUCUAAUGAAGCAACAAUUUACUUUGAGAGCGGGUCCCAUGUGUCUGGAAGGGGCUUCCUGUUGUCCUUUGCUAGUAGUGAUCAUCCAGAUUUAAUCACAUGUCUGGAGAAAGCAAACCACCAUGCGGAGAAUAAAUACAGCAGGUACUGUCCAGCUGGUUGCGGAGACAUAGCAGGUGAUGUUUCUGGGAAUAUAGUAGAAGGAUACAGAGAUACCUCAUCAUUGUGCAAAUCUGCCAUACAUGCUGGAGUAAUUGCAGACGAACUAGGUGGUCAGAUUAGUGUGAUUCAACUGAAAGGAGCAAGUCGUUAUCAAGGAAUCCUGGCCAAUGGCAUCUUUUCUCAAGAUGGUUCUUUGUCAGAUAAGCGGUUUAUUUUUAACUCAAAUGAUUGCAAUAAAUCACUUAACCUAGAAGGACGAAAUGCUUCUAAUGGCCAGAUAACUGCAUCAUCAUUCUGGGAUGAAGCCAACGAAAUUGGGGAAUUAGUUCAGUGGUCUCCUGAUAAGGCUUGGCUCAAAGUUCAAGGGCCAUCUUGGGCAGCAAACCAGAGCAACCAUCGGCAAUGGCUAGAAAUUGAUCUGGGAGAGAGAAAAAGAAUAACAGGAAUUAGAACGACAGGGUCCACUGUGCUCAAUUUUAACUAUUAUGUUAAGACGUUCGUUGUGAACUAUAAAAAUAACAACUCAAAAUGGAGGACUUACAAAGGAAUCCUAAGCCAUGAAGAAAAGAUAUUCAAAGCCAACUCUAAUCAUGGAGACAUAGUCCGGAAUAAUUUCAUUCCCCCUAUAGUAGCCCGCUAUGUGAGAAUUAUUCCACAGAGCUGGCACAAACGAAUAGCUCUGAAGGUGGAACUUCUUGGUUGUCACAUAACACAAGUUAACAGCUCUCUUACUCAUCUACUCUGGCAAAGACCAAGUCAAAGCACAGGUGUCUCAGUUAGAAAAGAAGACAGAACCAUCACAGAACCCAUACCUUUGGAAGAAAGCAGCUUAGGAUUGAAACUUACUGCCAUAAUUGUUCCAGUUGCGGUGGUGCUCUUGCUGUUCCUAAUAUCUGGGAUAUCUCUCUCUGCUGUUGUACAGAAGAGAGGAAAGCAAAGAGUUUCUUAUGGCUCGUAUGACACCGUAAAACCCGGUUUCUGGAAACAAAUCAAACAACCCUUCAUCAGACAUCAGUCUACUGAAUUCACCAUCAGUUAUAAUAAUGCAAAGGAUACACCACAAAAGCUAGAUCUUGUCACAAGAGGGACGGAAGAUUAUCAACAGCCUCUCAUGAUAGGAACUGGGACAGUAACCCGAAAGGGAUCCACUUUCAGACCAAUGGACACGGAGGAUGAGAAGAAAAGUAGCGCCACGGUCGGGAACCAUUACCACUGUCCACAGAGAGCAAAUCGCCAUGACUAUGCACUGCCUUUGGCCAACCACGAGCCUGAAUAUGCCACUCCUAUUAUAGAGCGACAUAUGGGAAGAGAAAAUGCUUUCCCUUCAGAGAGCUGCUAUAACAUUCCUACAGCUUCUGGUGCUCACAAAUAUUCAAUUUCUUCAGGCAGUUUCUCUGCUUUAUGCAAGACCGAACCUGAGAGUGAAGAUUAUCAAACACCACAAAGUCAGAAGGAGUAUGAUAAACCAAAAAUUAAAACCUUACCCAUGGUGGACUACAGUACUGGCUAUCAGAAGCCCCAAACCAGUUUAUUGACAAAUGAAGGUUAUUCAACGCCCAGAUACUGUGUAAAGCCAAUAAAUCAGACUGCAAUGACAGCUCUCUUGUAACCUAGAGAUCAAUGGAAACUCACUGUCCUAACAGUCAAAGCACUGGAUUUGGAGGACAACAAAUUUGCUCUUACAAAACAAAUUGACAUUUCUGAGGAGUGAAAGCCAUUGCUGUUUUCACAUAAAGAAGCCUUUGCAGUGAAGUCUGCAAGCAGUCGAUUCUCUGCAGCUAUGAUAUUGGUGCUCCAUUCUAAUAUUGUGCAAUGUGUACAUUAUUUUUAAUUUAAGAAAAAUAAAUUAAAACUAAUCUGUUUCAUCCUGUGUGGGGUGGUGGGGAGGGUCAGUGAGAAGAAUUGGCUAUUGCAUUGAUUUCUACAUGGGGUGGGAUGGUAUCCUAACUUCAGGUAAUACAUAUUGCACCGACUACUGUAUUAAGCCCCACGCUGCAAUUGCUGAAUAUGCACUCUUGGAAGUUCUUUCAUACUUGCUAUGGAAAGCUAUGUAUCCAGUUGUAUCAGUAAGACUAAGUUAAAUGGGUUGAGUUUGCAUUUGUCCCUGAACUAACUGACCUAGGUUUAUAUUCUGGUGGCAACUGGAUUUUUUAUAUAUGUAUGUAUUGUUUGGGAAGUAUGGAAGAAAUAAAAUGCACGUCAGGGUACUGUAGAAAUUAAAUGGGGAUGAUCAAACUUAA